AUGGAUCAUCCCGUUACCCCACAACACCAAAAAGAGGAUUUCCGCACUUUCAUCACAAGAGUGAACGUCAAAUUUGGUCUCGAGAUUCCCCUCCCAGGAAUUGAAUCCCCCUCGACCAGAGAGGGAAAUACCAGCCUCCCCAGUCAGAUCUACAAGCAUAUUCGUCCACUGUUCUUCAAUAACAAGGUUGACAAGAGAAGCCUAAUUGGCAAUCUCGAAGAAUGGGUCAACGGGAACCUGCCGUUGGCCGGCCAGGGACACGCCCAGAACCCUAACUAUCGGACCAAUGCAGAUCGUCGGGCAAGCCAACGACACCAGAGCGAGGAACCUGCGCCUCCGCUCUCGCUUACUGGCCCCGAGAAGGACAUGUGUAUGAAGCAGCUGCUAGCACUUAUGGAAGAUGAGGAAUAUCUUUUGGCGAAUGGUCGUGUUGUAAACACGAAAAAAAGGUUAGCAGCUAAUUCUUUUGGAGAUGUCCAGGGCUUAUCACCUAAGAAACAAAGGUUUGAUGAUGAUGAUGAUGAAGAUGAAAACUUCCACACCGCGCCGAAUUCCCCCGUGAAAGGAUCUGUGCUAGCUCAGUCCCCCUUGGGGAAGAAUUGGGAUGGAGGUUUACAAUUUUCUGAGACGUCUCCUGCGCGGGGGCCGGUGGGAAGUGCAUCGCCAGCAAAGAUCCCAGUUCACCCGUCUCCCGGAAGGAACGAUGGACCCAUUCACUCGCCUGGACAUAACAAAGAGAACUUCAAUUCUCCGGCCAAGUAUUCGGCGACCUUCCGUCCGCCAAUGAAGGCACAACCAGUACAGGGUCCAGGGAAUCACCAAUCGCUCCCUAGGAAAGUGGUCACUAAUUCACAACCCAAGCCUCAAGGAAAUGUUCCCACUCCGACGAGGAAGUCGACGAGCACUUCGUCGCCAGCAAAGACUCCAGUUGCUGCCCAAUCACCCGCAAGGAACCCUGGAUCUGUCCGAUCGCCAUCUAAAACCCCAAAAUCGGCAAAAUCACCCUCCCAAUCGCCGUUGAAACAGAUGGAUCUUCGAUCAUUUGGGUUUGGUAACAGCUUCAACGAAGAAAAUUCUCCUACCGAGAAUGAUGUUGAGUUUAAAAAGCCUACUUUAUUUGAAAAGCUUAGUGCAGCAUCCGAUGAAUCGAAGCGUAACGAUGUGACGCUUUCAGAUAGUACAGACUUUUCAACAACGAUCACUUCGUCGGUAUUUUCUCGCGAUCUUAGCAUGGGGCAAUCCUUUGAUACCGUCACGACAGACAUGACCGAGAUAAUGGAUACGCAAUCAACAUAUGCAGACUCGGUCGUCGGGUACAUGGCUAGCGACGAGAUGCAAAGGAGCGUGGAUGCUGCUGCUAUCUCUAUGAUGGUAAAUGGAGACCCCGUUGAAACGGAGUACUCUAUUAAACAGGAGUUUGUUGAUGAGCUCCUGUCCUAUGGCCCGUUUUCGGCGGAAGAAUCCUUCUCAGCGAAAAUUCCGUUGCGAUUCCGAUAUGAGCUAGAACGCAUUGGACGCGCGUGGGGAAUUCCGUUCAAGAAAAUACUAGUUGGCGACCGUAUUACCUUCAACACCCAAGAUGAUUUCUGGUCAUGGGUCGGCGGACUUGGUCGACGUUACGGUCAUCUCUUGCCAGAGAGAUCGCCACGCCGGGCCUGGGAUGCUGCUAUUGGUGAUUUCAAAUCAGAUAAGCACUCAGAGGUGGUGGUACUGUCAGGAGAAUUGGACUGGUGUGAUGAGUCUGAGCCGGGUAUUUUCAAAUUGAGGCUCAACCCGCUCAAGCCAGAGCGGACGUGUCGAUUCCACCGAAGGUUUGGAUCUGAUAGAUUCCUCACUCUUACUGUUCCAGCCCCAGAUCGGCCUCCAGUCCAUCAGAAACAACCUUCCUACCCAUCAGUCCUUCGCGAGAGUAUUGCUUCCUGGCUCACAAGGAAUGAUCAUUAUUGCCUCGGACGGACCUGGCGGGCUUUCUACGUCGAAGAAGUAAAAACCAAGCGAAAAGCCAAGGGCGAGCCUCGGUUUCGGGUUGAGCUGUUCGCCAUUGAUGGCGACGACUUUGAUCAUUUGUAUCAGGUCCCCCCAGUUGUGGCCCCUCCUCGACAGCAAAGUGACAACUAUACUCCGAUGAGUGUAGAUGCUUUGCUGGAAUGGCAUAUGCCCAAGACUGCGAAUGCGAAUCAAAGCAAUUGCAAGCUCUUCCAGCGAAUCUCUCUAGGCUUGUCGAAGACGUUUGCGACAGUCAAGUUAAAGCCAACGCAAGUGCUUCGUUUGAGAGACGAUCCAACCCGGGCUGUCAUGAAUGAUGGAUGUGCUUUGAUUUCGAGGACUCUUGCGAACCAAAUUUGUGAUCAAUUGGGCAUAACCACCGCCACGCCUAGUUGCUUCCAGGGCAGAAUAGCAGGCGCUAAGGGCCUCUGGAUGGUUGAUUGCCACCAAUCUAGUAUCUCUACCAUAAAUGACGAUGACAUUUGGAUUCAGAUCUCGGACUCACAGUUGAAAAUACACCCUCAUCCCCAGGAGUGGGUUGACCCAGUUGACGACGAGAAAUUGACGUUCGAAGUAGUCAACUGGGCUAAGCCAUUGCACCCUGUUGACCUCAAUAUCCAGCUUCUUGCAAUUCUGGAGUAUGGAGGGAACGUGAAGGAGUACAUUGCCAAGCUCACGCGUGACGGUGUGCAGAGUCUUUAUGAUGACUUUCUGGAAGUUCUCCGAUCAAACAACCCCGUGGUUUGUCGAGCCCUGCUUCAGAAGCUGAGACCCUCCGGCGAGGAUGGAACUGGUAAAGCGCGACGAUUAGAGCAGUGGGUGACUAAUGAUGCUGAGUCCAUCAUUCGCUUUUCGGAGGCUGGCUUUGCCCCACGCGACUUUUUUCCCCUUCGGAUGAACAUCCGCAAAUACUUGACAUGGCUUCUUGAGCGACAUGUUGAAGAACUCAAGAUCCAGGUCCCACUCUCAACCCAUGCAUACUGUAUUGCAGACCCAUACGGAGUUCUCGGUCCGGAUGAAGUUCACUUUGGCUUCUCUAAUAACUGGCGGGAUCCACAGGGCCAGUUUGAAGACAAUCUACUGGAUGGGGUAGAUGUUCUCGUGGGCCGACUUCCAGCCCAUUUACCGUCUGACAUUCAACGGCGCAGAGCCGUGUGGAAGACUGAACUACGUCACUUUAAAGAUGUCGUUGUGUUUCCAACCACAGGGACUUUUCCUCUAGCCGGUAUGCUAUCCGGAGGAGAUUAUGAUGGCGAUACGCCGUGGAUCUGCUGGGAUCAAGUGAUUGUCGAGAGGUUCCACAAUUCCCCGAUGCCCUCUCAUGAAUAUCCCGCAGAGCAUUACGGACUCACGAAACAUUCCGUUCCGAUGGCCUCGCUGGAGUCGACGGAAGACUUUUUGGAAAGUGUGUUUGAUUUCAACCUCAACCUUUCAAACCUGGGUCGAUGUACCGUCGAGCAUGAGAAACUGGCAUACGAUGAGUCAGUCGACUCUCCAAAAGCGAAAGAGCUGGCCUGUCUGCUGGGUCAUCUUGUUGAUGGCCGGAAAGGUGGAGUUCAUCUUUCAGAGCAAGCCUGGAAAGAAUACCGCAAAACCAUUAGCCCUAAGCAACGUACGCUUCCCGCGUAUCGGAACCCAGAGCGCAAAUUCAAACCGUCGAACAUUGUCGAUUUCCUCAAGUUUAACGUCGCACAGUCGGAGCUCCGCAGAAUUCUCUCAGGUCUCAACGAGGCGUUCCCCGAGAAUGAUAUCCAAAAUCAACUCGACGAUGACCUCAUUCGUCCGUGGAGUGAAGCCGAUGAAGCAUCGAAGGGCAACUCUCAGCAUAGUCAAGAGUUAAAAGACGCUCUUGGUGAAGUUAAGAGGUCGAUAGACGAACUAUACAGGCAGUGGAACCAAGGACACUCUGCUUCUAUCGGCGACAAGUUCUCUGCCAUAUCACGUCAAGCUGCCGAGAGUGCAGCUGCGCUUGCUCCUCCCACCGCGGGCAACCAUCCGCUUAUCCACACUUGGCAAAAUAGCCGCAAUGAGUGGCAACGGUUGGUAGCUUCGUAUACCUACCGUCGAUGUCCAAACUCCCGGUUUAUUCUUCAUGCCUUUGGUGAGACAUUGUGUGAGAUCAAGGCGUCCGUCUCGCCAUCCCGCCUUAUCACUAAUGACGUGGUCGCCUGCUACCGAGUGAAUCAGAAAAUGGUGGCACAUCUCACGGCCAAUGAAUUGCCAGGGAAUGAGAUUGAUGAUGUAGAUGAGUAUGAAGACGGAGAAGUCAUUGAAGCCAUGCUAUCGUCUUGA